AUGACCUUCUUUUUGGCAUGUGCCUACUCUCUUGAUGAGUCUCCACCAACACUCUCGGAAUCAUUAUCAGAAGAAGAAGCAUCUCUUGAUAAAGUGUUUCAUGAUUGGAUAUUGAAGUAUGGUAAGACAUAUUCAAGUACCACAGAGAUGAACAAACGUAGAGAAAUAUUCAAGAAGAAUCUAGAAUAUAUCAAGGUGUUUAACAGUGAUGGUAAAAAGAGUUACAGACUUGCCAUAAAUAAAUUUGCUGAUUUAGCUAAAGAAGACAUGUCUUCAUGUGAGAUAGAAGACGGUGAGAUCGUGAAAGAUCGAGAUCUUCUCUGUUGA